AAAGCACAACAGGAAGUACUCUCUGCUGGCGGGAAAUACGCUCGCGCUAAUUUGCUGCUAGUACGUUGUCGAAUGUCGUGCUUCUCUUUCGGUUACACGGUUUGAUGUAAAUGUGAACAUAUAUACACUUUCUUUCCAUCAUGAAGGCUGAAAUGGACAGAAUAAUUUCCCUGUCGGAUGGCGACAGUUCUUUGGAACUUCAAAAAUACUUGUCCUCCAUUGGUGAAGAGAAGUUGAUCACACUAAUUACCCAAAGUGCAUUGAAGGGCAAGAUAGUUGGCGUUAUUAAAGCCAUAUUCAAAGGCUCUCCGCCUGCUUCUACUGAAGGGUCAGAGCGCAGACUUCUACUUUACCAACAUUCUAUCCCCCUCUGUGAGUCUGGUGAUGUCCACAGUGAAGUGGCAGCCGAUGUCAUUGGACUGCUCAUGCUUGAGACGCACACUCUGACUGGAUCCUCUCUUGCAAAAUUGGGUGAACUUUUUGUGAAAGAAAUCAAAGUGGGAAAAAUAACCAAUGGGAAGUCAUUGGAACUAUUUCCGACUGUGCUGACUGCCAUGACAGCCUGUGAAAAAUUGUCAUAUGGCAAAGGUGAGCUCAGUGGUGAGGAAUGCAAGAAGCAACUGAUCAAUAGCCUCUGCUCAAGCAGAUGGGACCCACAAUGCGUUAUCUACUUGACCACGAUGUUCAGGGAUGUACCUUUGUCGUUAGAUGAGCUGCACUUUCUGGUGGAGAAAGUGCUGCGGAUGUUCAGCAAACUUGAUCUGCAGGCAAUCCCGCCGCUUGUUUAUCAACUGCUCUUGUUAUCAGCAAAGGGUUGCAAAAAACAGGUCCUAGAUGGAAUCAUCAGUUAUUUUAAGCAGCAAGACAUAAACCAACACGAGGAACAGUCACAUGGAGAGAGCGUGGAUCUAGAGGUUCAGUCCAUUCCACAGGACCAAUUACGGCAUGUGGAGGGUACGGUUAUCCUCCAUAUUGUCUUUGCUGUACGGCUAGACCACGAACUUGGGAGGGAAUUCCUCAAAAUCAUUAAGACAUCUUAUGGGGACCUUUGCCCAUUCAGCGUUGCCCUAUUACUCUCCGUUGCACGCAUCCAGCGCUACGAGGAACAGGUGUUUGACCUUUUGAAGGGGAGCAUUAUCAAGAGCUUCAAAGAUGAGCAGAUGCUGCAGGGGUCCAAGUUCUUGCAGGACCUCCUGCCUAAGCACUGUAGUGUUUCUCAGAUGAUUUUGGACACAGUGAAAAACAGUGUGUUUGGAUGGGAUCAUGUCACACAAGGUCUGGUGCAGCUGGGCUUCUUCCUGAUGGACACAUUUGGACCUAAACCCGGACCAUUUGGCAAAACCACAGAAGUGUCUGCUACUGUGGCCAGGACCCCCACUCAGCUGGCAUGUAAACUGGGAGGUCAGGUGCUCCAGCAGGGCUUUAAGAUGCAUGAGGCAAUCAGAGGCGAGAUACUGGAGCAAGUUCUGAAUCGACUGGUCACAAAGACCGCAUCACCUGUCAAUCAUUUCUUAGACCUGUUGUGUGACAUUGUGACCUCUGCUCCAAUGAUACUUCUGGAGUCAUCAUCCAAGGUUACAGAGACAUUUGACCACCUGUCAUACCUGCCCCUGGCCACAGUGCAGGGCUUGCUGAAAGCUGUCCAGCCUCUGCUGAAAGUCAGCAUGUCCAUGAAAGAUGCAUUGAUUGUAGUUCUCCGAAAGGCCAUGUUUUCCAGCCAAUUGGAUGGACGGAAGUCUGCUGUGGCUGGUUUCUUGUUGUUAUUGAAGAAUUUCAAAGUGUUAGGGAGCUUGGCCACCAGCCAGUGCAGCCAGGCGAUCUCCUCCAGUCAGACACGGGGCGAGCCAAGCCUCGGUGCAUCUGGCCAGUUAAACUCCUGUCUUCGGCCUCGAUGGGACAUACUGGAAAUUAACCCCGCUGCGGGCGCCGUAACGCACCGCCUUUGCCCCGCGCCUCACCCGAGAGGUGUAGCUCUCCUCUUGAAAAAGAUCCAAGUGGACGUUCAUUCUCGUUACAAUGCUGCUGCCAAUGAAGCGUUCUGUCUGGAGAUCUUGAGCAGCCUCCGUCGUUGCCUUGGCCAGCAGGCUGAUGUGCGCCUUAUGCUCUACGAGGGCUUCUAUGGUGUUGUAAGUCGGAACUCCCAGCUCGCAAGCUCCAUCAUGCAGACACUUCUAUCACAGCUGAGGCGGUACUACGAACCUGAACAAGAUCUCCUGCCCCCAGUGAAACUGCAGCCGUGCAUCACUGCUCAUGGAGAGCAAGUCCACAUUCAGGAGCCUUUGGCCCACCUGAUGAGCUGCACUGUACAUUGCCUGUUGUGGCUUAAAAAUAUGCGCCGUUCCACCAAAACCGAUGAUGAUGAUGACGAGGAUGAAGAUGAGGAGGGGUACCAGUCAGAGCUUCAGACAAUUCUAGAGAGCAUGACAAAGCGCAUGAUCAAAAGUGAAAUGGAGGACUUUGAACUGGACAAGUCAGCAGAAUUUUCCAAUGCUUCCAGUGUCGGGGUGAAGAACAAUAUAUUUGCUGUUCUGGUGAUGGGGUUGUAUGAGGUCCUCAUAGAGUACAACUUUGUCAAUGCUAAUUACAGUAAAAUUCACUUUGAGGAGCUGAUGGAGCUGUUUAACCGCUACUUCAAGCUGUGGGAGAUCCAGAAAGACAAAUCUGGAAAGGGCCGGCUCCCUUCUAACAAGACUCCUCGAAGUUUACUUUCAAUGGGCUUUAUAUCAACUCUCCUCACUGUGCUCUUCAGAGACAGUUCUCAGAGCAGAGAGGAAGCUCUCUCUGUGCUGCGCUCCAACGGAGAAUUUGUGCGUUACUCGCUUUCCACAGCCGUGCAGAAGAUCCAGCAGCUGGAGGAAACCGGAGUGGCAGACGGCCCGGGCGGGAAAAGCUCAGACUUGACUUUCCGCUUCCUCUGUGAAAUGACAAGUGUGCUGAUGUGGCGGUAUACCAACGUCCCGAGCGCAGUGGAGGAUGCUGGAAAGAAGGAUAAGCGGUCCAGUCUGUCCCAUCUGUGCCUGGAAGGUCUUCUUAGGAUAUUCACAACAUGCCAGCAGCGCUACCCCGACAAAAUGCCCAUGCUUCUUUCGUCCAUCGGAAACUCGGAGGAUGCUGCUGAGCCAGAAGAUGGUGAUGGGAUGAGUUACUUUUACAUCCGUCAAUUUCAGAGAGCAUUAUUUGCUCAGUUAAGUAGAGGAGAAGAUGACUUUAACAGCAAAGAAGCUCAGCUAUUGGUCAGCAUUUUGAGUGUGCUUUCACUGCAGCUUAAGCCGUCAUCUCAGCAGUUUGUUCAGAUGGUCACUUGGACGGUGAAAAUCUGCAAGGAGACAAGCUUUGAGGACUCUGCUUUGUCCAAGGGGCUGCUCUCGCUUCUCUUCAGCCUACAUGUUCUCUUUAAGAGCCCCGCCAGCUUGUUGCUGGAACUCUGCCAGGACGUCCACAGCCAUCUCGGAGACAUUGAUCAGGAUGUGGAGGUAGAAAAUCAGUCUCACUUUGCUAUUGUCAACAUUAAAACUGCAGCAACAGCAGCACUGCUGGUUUUCUCCCAAAUUGACAAAGUGCUAGAUGAAGUGGACUGGCUGAUUGGUAGAAAGAAAAACCAGACAGCCUCUGACAAAUCAAGCCCUGUAGAAGAGGCCACACAGGCUGCAGGUCAGCAGGAUCCUGUGGAGAAAGCAGUGACGCUACAGCUUGGGACCCUCCUGACAGCACUAAAUGAGUUGGUCCAGACCACUCUGCAACUCGGGACUUGCACCAUCACUCUGCUGAGAGAGCUGAGUCGCACUUACACCAUCCUCACCUCGCUGGUUAAAUAUUACAUCCAAGUAUGUGCCACUCAAAAUGGAAAUCUACCGGCGCGCUUUGAGAAGCUGGUCAAACUGUCUGGUUCCCACCUAACGCCACAAUGCUACUCCUUCAUCACAUACGUCCAGGGUGGAGAAUCAUGUGGAGGUGUGGACGACAAGAAGAAAAAGAAAAGGAAUGAAGUGAACAUUGUUGCUUCUUCAAAACUUAUCCGUGAAACCAAAGCUAUUCCCAACUUGAUCUUCAGCAUCGAGCAGUAUGAGAAAUUCCUCAUCACGCUUUCUAAGAAGUCAAAGGUAAAUCUGAUGCAGUACAUGAAACUGAGCACAUCUCGAGAUUUCCGCAUCAAUGCUGCAACUUUGGAUGCAGCCCUGCAAGAGCAAGGCGACAGUCAGGAGGCUGUGUCCCAAGAUGCCGAAGAGACUCAAGAACCCAAACGGAAGAAGAGGAAACAAUGAGCCGAGCUCCUCUUGUUGGUUCGACACAUCUCCAGCUUGCAUGCUAAUGAGCGUCCAAACAUUUGUGUUCACUUGUUCUGUGUGUCCUUUGCUUGACUUCCUUUAUUGAGGGAGCCUUUAGUGAUGUCAAUGAGUUGGUAGAUGUCCAAGGCUUCACCUAAAAGCACAUAUUGUUCAUGUUUCCUGCAAUAUUUGUUUAUUUUAAAUGAGAAAAACACUUUACUUUUACACAUCUUAAUACAAAGUGCCACUUGUACUGGUUCUUCCACGGCUGACAUUAAAACUGUAAUAUAUCAUAGGUUAAGUGAUGAAUUUCUUCUUCUAAGUUUUUGAUUGGUUGAUGCUUUUUGGCAGCUUUUAUUACUAAGAACUAACCUAAAGAGAUCCAUUACAAUAGCUGGAACCAAAAUCCUGCUUUUACACAUCCAAUAAGGCUGCUUUUGAUUGCUGAUCGAUAUGUUUAUUAGCGUGGUUCUCAGUGGUGUACAACCGCAUUGUAUCACACUGACUGAAUAUCAGUCAUCUCUUUUAGCUUUCUGACAGACAUAAUAUUAGACAUCCACUGCAUCCUAUGUGUCAAAGCCAGCAGGCCGAAUGAAUUAUCUAUGGCCCCCAGGAUGAUAUUUGAUUAGUAUUAGAACCGUCCCGCAGGCCACAGCCGCCUGCUACUGUCUUGCAUGCACCAAUACUCCAUCAGUGUUGGCGAUAGGAAUUUUCAAAAUGGGGUCCCAGGGACCCCAUCAAGUCAUAAAAAAGGGGGCCCACAGAAAAUUUUUGGGGUCACACUUUUUUGUAACCGUUUUGAAAACAAAUGAUAAAUGUAUGCAUUAUCCUGUUAUAACUCACAUUACUUAUUGUGUUUUGGGAAAAGGUUGUCAGAAACGUUACUUGAUUCAUUAAAAAAAAUAAUACAAAUAAAAAUAAUUUUUAUGCAUAUGUAAAUGUAUUCAGUUAUAAACAUGCAUUCACUUUCAUCUUUCCUUCAUGGAUCUAAACUCUACCGCUGCCGGUAUUUUUUUCUAUAUUUUUAUUGUAAUAUUUUCAGAAUGUGUUUGUUCUAUUUUUGGCCAAAUUAGCACAAUCUGAAGUUUUCUUUAUUUUUCAGUUUUAAUGCCAUGAUUUUAAUAGUCCGGCCUGCGUGUGCAAAGAUUUUCCUCCAUGGGGCGCCUGAGCUAAAAUGAGUUUGACACCCCUGCACUGUAGAGACUCUUAUCAAUAAUGCUACAUCUGUCGAUUAUUUCAGUACUCUAUCAAUCAGUUUGUUCAUGUAAUCGGAUAAAACACUUUAUCGCCUCAAUGCAAUUAUUGGGGAAACAGUCAAACAAUUUUUCAGCACUUUUAACACGUGCACAUUAAUUU